CUGGGGGAAGACUCCGAUUACGACAAGCUGAGCGAUAUGGUCAAAUACCUCGACCUGGAGCUGCACUUUGGGACGCAGAAGCCUACAAAGCCAACUCUCAUGCCUGAAAACUUUAAAAAGAAAGACGUGGUUGAAAUUUUGUCCCACAAAAAGGCCUACAACACAUCCAUCCUGAUAGCCCACCUCAAGCUGUCGCACAUCGAGCUGCGCCAGAUCCCGAGGACGAUGGAGACGGACCGCCUGGAGCCUUCCCACAUCAAGCAGCUCUUGCUGUACGCCCCGGACGGCGAGGAGGUCCAGCGCUUCCAGAGCUACAAGGAGAACCCCGGCAAGCUGAGCGAGCCCGACCAGUUUGUGCUGCAGAUGCUGUCGGUGCCCGAAUACAAGAUCCGCCUGCGCAGCCUGCACUUCAAGACCACUCUGCAGGAGAAGACGGAGGAGAUCAAAGCGAGCUACGACUGCAUCUGCAAGGCCUCUCUGGAGCUGAAAAGCAGCAAGAAGCUGGCCAAGAUCCUGGAGUUUGUGCUGGCGAUGGGAAACUACCUGAACAACGGGCAGCCCAAGACCGGCAAGACAACAGGCUUCAAAAUCAACUUUCUGACCGAGCUCAACACGACCAAGACCGUGGAUGGGAAAUCCACCUUCCUGCACAUCCUCGCCAAAUCCCUUAGCCAACACUUCCCAGAGCUCCUGGGCUUUGCCAAGGACCUUCCUACGGUGCCGCUCGCCGCCAAAGUGAACCAGAGGACGCUGACGGCCGACCUGAAGGACCUGCACACCACGGUCAGUGACAUCCAGAUGGCCUGCCACAGCAUGCCCGCCACCGCCGAGGACAGGUUUGCCAUCGUCAUGAGUUCCUUCCUGGAGAGCGCGCAGCCCGCCAUGCGCUCCCUGGACGACCUGCAGCACAAGGCCAUGGAGGAGUUCGGCAAGGUGCUGUCCUUCUUUGGGGAGGACUCCAAAAUGACGACUUCCGAGGCGUUCUUCGGCAUUUUCGCAGAAUUCAUGAGCAAGUUCGAGCGGGCGCUCAGCGAUGUGCAGGUGGGCGAGAGCCAGCGCAGCCCCAGGAUGACGUCCCCCCUGGCCUGGUGA